CUAGGCGAGCGGGCCAUCUGUCCUUCCACCCUGAAGGUGGACAGGAUGAUAUCUGCUACCACUGGAGGCCCAAGACCCCAGAAGUGAUUCCCCCAAACAGCAGUGAGGCAAAAGGAAAGAGAAAGGGCUGCCCAGGAACGCCCACCGCACACGAUUUCUCUCAACCCGGAAGUGAUUCUCCCCUACGCCCCCCUCCACGGUUGAGAGGGAGGAGACCCAAAGCCAGGUCUGCCCGGCAUGCCCUGGGCUUCCGGUGACCUCUGGCCCUUUCCUGCCGUCCGCUCUCGCUUCCUAGCGUGCUCUUUUGCUCAUUGCUUUCCUUUACUUGGUCGGGUCUUCCUUUUCACACUACCUAGUGACUGUGGCUCCCGCGACUGUCAGGGAGGCAGUGGCAGAGGACACUCGACAUGGCCGCCUCUAAGCCGGUGGAGGCAGCAGUGGUCGCAGCUGCUGCGCCCGGCUCCGGGAGUGGAGUGGGCGGUGGCGGCGGGACUUCGGGCCCGGGCACUGGGGGUCUGCCGCGAUGGCAGCUGGCUCUGGCUGUAGGAGCGCCCCUGCUGCUGGGCGCGGGUGCCAUGUAUCUGUGGACCCGGCAGCGGCGGCGCCGGGAGGCAGGAGGCCGGGGCGAUGCUAGCGGCCUGAAGCGCAACAGCGAACGAAAGACCCCGGAGGGCAGGGCCAGUCCUGCCCUGGGAAGCGGACAUCCCGAAGGUUCCGGUGCCCACCUGGAAAUGAACUCUCUUGAUAGAGCCCAGGCAGCCAAGAACAAAGGCAAUAAAUAUUUUAAAGCAGGAAAAUAUGAACAAGCUAUUCAGUGCUAUACUGAGGCUAUUAGUUUAUGCCCUACAGAGAAGAAUGUCGACCUUUCCACGUUUUAUCAAAACAGAGCUGCUGCCUUUGAACAGUUGCAAAAAUGGAAAGAGGUGGCCGAAGAUUGUACAAAGGCUGUUGAACUUAAUCCCAAAUAUGUGAAAGCUCUCUUCAGACGUGCAAAAGCCCAUGAAAAGUUAGACAAUAAGAAGGAAUGUUUAGAAGAUGUCACUGCUGUAUGUAUAUUAGAAGGGUUCCAAAAUCAACAAAGCAUGCUCUUAGCUGAUAAAGUUCUUAAACUUCUUGGAAAAGAGAAAGCCAAAGAAAAAUACAAAAAUCGUGAACCUCUGAUGCCAUCUCCACAGUUUAUCAAAUCUUACUUCAGUUCUUUCACUGAUGAUAUCAUUUCUCAGCCCAUGCUGAAAGGAGAGAAAUCUGAUGAAGAUAAAGACAAGGAAGGAGAAGCGUUAGAAGUAAAAGAAAAUUCUGGAUAUUUAAAAGCCAAACAGUACAUGGAAGAAGAAAACUAUGACAAAAUCAUAAGUGAAUGCUCAAAAGAAAUAGAAGCUCAAGGCAAAUACAUGGCAGAAGCAUUAUUACUCCGGGCUACCUUCUACUUGCUUAUUGGCAAUGCCAAUGCAGCCAAACCUGAUUUAGAUAAGGUCAUCAGUUUGAAAGAAGCUAAUGUGAAGCUUCGAGCAAACGCCCUCAUCAAAAGAGGCAGCAUGUACAUGCAACAGCAGCAGCCUUUGCUGUCUACUCAGGAUUUUAACAUGGCUGCUGACAUUGAUCCUCAGAAUGCAGAUGUUUAUCACCACCGAGGACAGCUGAAAAUACUGCUUGAUCAAGUUGAAGAAGCAGUGGCAGAUUUUGAUGAAUGUAUUAGACUAAGACCUGAGUCUGCUCUGGCACAAGCUCAGAAAUGUUUUGCAUUGUAUCGCCAGGCAUAUACAGGAAACAAUUCUUCACAAAUCCAGGCAGCUAUGAAAGGUUUUGAAGAGGUCAUAAAGAAAUUUCCAAGGUGUGCUGAAGGCUAUGCACUGUAUGCUCAGGCAUUAACAGAUCAACAGCAAUUUGGUAAAGCUGAUGAAAUGUAUGAUAAAUGUAUUGAUUUGGAACCAGAUAAUGCCACAACAUAUGUUCAUAAAGGUUUACUUCAGCUUCAGUGGAAGCAAGAUUUGGAUAGAGGUUUGGAGCUUAUCAGCAAAGCUAUUGAAAUUGAUAAUAAAUGUGAUUUUGCAUAUGAAACCAUGGGAACUAUUGAAGUGCAAAGAGGAAACAUGGAGAAAGCCAUUGACAUGUUCAACAAAGCUAUUAACCUGGCCAAAUCAGAAAUGGAGAUGGCUCAUCUGUAUUCACUUUGCGAUGCUGCCCAUGCCCAGACAGAAGUUGCAAAGAAAUACGGAUUAAAACCACCAACAUUAUAAAACAAGGGGAAAGGAGACUAACGUUCUUUUUAAAAGAAGUUUACCCCCUCUUCAACUGAACCCUAAGGACACUCAUAAACUGUGUUGAAUGGUGGAACUUAGUAUUCCCCUUUGUGGUGUUGUCAUUCUUUACCUGUUUCAUGUUUAGGUGUUGUGGGCGUGGCUGUUGAAGGAAGUUCACAGUCUUGCAGCUUUUAUUCCCUGUGCAACAAAAGCUUAGAACCUGUUAAAGGGAUAUUAAAACAAAGUUGCAUAGUAAUAAUUUGGCCAUGCAAAUAAAAACUUUGAUUUGUUGAUUCAGUUUUUUUUUUUUUUUUAAUGGGGUGGGGGUGGAUUAUGUUCUGGGUGAUUUUGUUUAAAUAUAUAAAUAUAUGUUUGUGUAUAAUAUGAGUUUUACAAUAUGUUGUUUUUAAAUUAACACGUAUAUAAAUAAUUUAUAUUCAAUUAAUCCUUUUUAGUUGAUUUUUUUUUUUUUUUAAGGAUGGAAAGCUUAAAUUGGGAUUACAAUAAAUUGAGCGAUCCUUUAACCAUUGCCAGCAUGCACAAUGCCUCUGAUUCUGCAGAACUUUAGAAAUUUAAAAGUCUACAACAGCUGGUUUUCAUUCAGUAAAUUUUGCAGGAGUCAAGAUAUUCUGAUUGAUAAUCUGUACAAGAAGACUAUAAUGGAGAAGUGGACCAGGAAAAAAGGUAAGCUGAAAUAGAAGUGUGUUCAUAAUUGCCAAUAACUUUUUCUGCAGUAGUACUAUUUUAAGCAUACUUUUUUAAAAAAAAAGUAUAGGUUAUGUGUAUAGCCCAAGUAAACAUGGAGUGUGUUUAUGGGAGUGUUUAAUUUGCUUAAAUUUUCUAGUGAAGAAAAUAUGGCUAAGUUCAGAAAGGAUGUAAGUCUUGGAGCCAGAAGAGUUGUAGGGGUUUUGGGGAUUUUUUGUUUGGUUUUUCAAAACAUAGUAUUUUUUGAAAUGACAGGUAUAGUGCUUUAGCUAUGGCUACAUGUGCUUAAGGAAUUUUGAGCCAGUAUUUUCAAAGACAUUGAAUACAUGCAGAGUGCUUUUUUGUAUUGUGCUAACCUUAACCUCUAAGGACUAAUGGCCCGUUUUUAGGUCUUCACUAGGUAUACUAACAGCAGAUUUUUUGUUCUGUUGGUUUUAUCUGUACUCCUCCCUACUUAGGAAUCACUUUAGUGUAUUUCCAGUUGUUACUUUUAUAGACCAUCCUUUGGCUUAUAUGCAAAAGGAUCUUUCAUAUGGGGGAAGGGCUGUGUUCUUAACAGGUCUUUUGUUUUAGACAUCAGAUAGGGAGGGAUUUAUUUAAGUCUGAAUAUAGUAAAAGAACAAGCCUUAUGUUACACUUUUCUGGAAAUGAAGUCUAAUUAUAGUUUACAUUGUUGGAAAUAAAUGAACAUUUACCCUCUUUAAAAGGGUGCUUUAUCCUGUUGAAACCAAAAAGAUUUUGUCUAUAAAUGCUAUCUUUUUAGAAACUAUUAGAAAUGAUUCUUCUUCCAAAGUCAGUCUUUGGAAAAUAUUGAGGCCGCCGACAGAUUUUAGUUGGGAUUGUUAACAUAAUUUAAGAUUGGGAUAAUGGAAAACUGGAGAGCUGUGCUUUUUGUUGUUGUUGUUCUUAAAUUAUGUAUCUAUAGGAAUGUUAUACAUCUCUGAAUGACCUCUGGCUUUAAAAAAAAGUUUUUAUUUGCAUGGCUGCAUUUACAUUACCACUGACAUUUUCUUCUACUCUUCUCCUUUCUUUCUCCUUGGGGUUGGGUAGAAAAAAAAAAAAAAGGAAACUGAAGCAUGUGCCAUUCAAUACUGUCAUUCCAAAUUCUCAGACUAUUGCCUGUUGUGAAACUAUUUGAAAACUGCACUGAAAGCUGCAUCUGUCUGUAUUUUUUCUUUGUAAAUGACCUCACAUGUAAAUUCACGAAAUAAAUAUUACGUUCAAGCUUU